CACGGGUUUACAACAAACCGUGAACCCGGAAGGUUUUUCAAAAAUCUGCAACCCUCUGAUGUAUCGUCGCUCUUCGUCAUUCACGGUGAAGAUCGUUUCCCACUCGCCAUCUCUCACUCAGCCACUCUCCAGCUCUGCAGCGGAACUGAGGAAGGGUUGUGACAAUGUCGAGCUAUUUGUGGAGGAAAUAUGCGGAUUAUGUGUACUCAAAGUGGGAGAAAACAAUUCUCUGGGACAUGAUUGACCCAUAUAGGCGGCCCAAAUCAUUCACUCCACUUGUCACGAUCUAUAUUUUCGCUUUCUAUACUGGUAUCAUUGGAUCAGCUAUAACAGAACAACUAUACAAGGUAUUAUUGUACCACAGUAUGAAAAAACUGACGUGAAUUGAAUUCAUUAUAUGUAGUUAAACUCCCCAAUUGCUUGGGUCUUG